UAAGAUGGUGGUCCGAUGAAAUAAUCUUACGAAAUUGUGCUCUGUUAAAAAACGUUUCUGCAGUUGUCGUUUAUUGAAUAUUGUCACUGAAUAAUUAGAGUGGAUGCUCACGGAACGGUGAUCCGAGAUCUUCGAUCGGUGCAACGCGUCCGUCGCGAGAGUGAAGCGUAAACGUUUCUCCGAGUGACGUACUUACAAUGUCAGUAACUGCCUCGAAGCCAUGCCACGAGGAAGAGAAUUCAAAAUCGGCGGAGGAGGACGAUUGGAAAAUGUCGCUCGCGUUUUGCAAGCCGCGGCACACGGCAACGAUCGAGGGUGUCAAUUGUAUCACGCAGACUUGGAGGAUGAAAGAACGGAUGAAGACUGUGAGCGUCGCUCUAGUUUUGUGUUUAAACGUCGGCGUCGAUCCGCCGGACAUCGUCAAGACGCAACCGUGUGCGCGCCUCGAAUGUUGGAUCGAUCCGCUAUCAGUGAGCCCGCAAAAAGCUUUAGAGACUAUCGGUUCUAAUUUACAAAAACAAUACGAACGGUGGCAGCCCAGAGCUCGCUAUAAACAAAGUUUAGACCCUACUGUCGAAGAAGUCAAGAAAUUAUGCACUUCUUUGAGGAGGAAUGCAAAAGAAGAGAGAGUUCUCUUUCAUUACAACGGUCACGGUGUUCCUAAGCCUACCAGUAAUGGUGAAAUAUGGGUUUUCAAUAGGACAUACACACAGUAUAUACCUCUAUCUGUAUACGAUUUACAGACAUGGAUGGGUGCUCCUAGCAUUUAUGUCUAUGAUUGUUCUAAUGCAGGUAUUAUUGUUGAGUCGUUCCAACAAUUUGCAGAACAGCAUGAGAAAGAAUACGAGAUGGAAAAACAGGCAGUGCAGCAGAACCGAGCAACGGGAGUUGCAGGGACCACUGCGCCGUCGUAUAAAAAUUGUAUCCAGUUAGCAGCGUGCGCGGCUAAUCAAAUUUUACCCAUGAACCCGGAUUUACCUGCGGAUAUAUUUACGUCGUGUCUUACAACUCCGAUAAAAAUUGCGUUACGAUGGUUUGUUAUGCAGAAUACAUCGAAGUUGGUUCCAAAAAUAUCGUUAGACUUAAUUGACAAAAUUCCAGGACAGUUGACCGAUAGAAGGACAAUGUUAGGUGAACUUAAUUGGAUAUUUACAGCAAUCACGGAUACCAUAGCAUGGAACACAUUGCCAAGAGAUUUAUUCCAGAGAUUGUUCAGACAAGAUUUAUUAGUUGCCAGUUUAUUUAGGAAUUUCUUACUUGCUGAGAGAAUACUUCGAUCGUACGAUUGCACUCCGGUAUCUUGUCCGAAACUUCCACCCACUUAUCAGCAUCCCAUGUGGCAAGCAUGGGAUUUGGCGCUCGACCUCUGCCUAGCACAGUUGCCAUCCAUCCUCGAGAACGAGGAUCAGUUCGUGCAUUCCCCUUUCUUUGAAGAGCAGCUCACAGCGUUCCAAGUAUGGCUCACGCUAGGCUCGAAGAAUCGCAAUCCUCCGGAGCAACUGCCAAUAGUGUUACAAGUGUUGUUAAGUCAAGUGCACAGGUUAAGAGCGUUGGAAUUAUUAGAACGUUUUCUUGAUCUCGGCCCAUGGGCGGUGAACUUGGCUCUUAGCGUAGGCAUUUUCCCAUACGUUUUAAAAUUACUUCAGAGUAACGCUAGAGAACUGCGACCGCUACUCGUCUUUAUUUGGGCGAAGAUCCUCGCCGUCGACAGUACUUGUCAAGCAGAUUUAGUGCGGGAUGGUGGGCACAAGUAUUUUUUAUCUGUACUGCAGGAUACUUCGAUUCCGAGCGAGCAUAGGACAUUAGCAGUAUUUGUCUUGGCUAGCAUAGUGAACGACUACCGACCGGGUCAAGUAGCUGCGAAUCAUGGUAGUCUCGUCUCGAUCUGUUUAGAGCAACUCGGUGAUUCGAACGCUUUGUUGCGACAGUGGCUGUGUUUGUGUCUUGGGAGGCUUUGGCACAAUUACGAUAAAGCAAGAUGGUGCGGAGUUCGAGAUAUUGCUCACGAAAAAUUGUUCACGCUGCUACAGGAUCCGGUUCCUGAGGUGCGAGCGGCUAGUGUUUACGCUCUGGGCACGUUUAUAAAUAGCGUGACGACGCGAAGCGAGCAUGCAAACAAUAUCGAUCAAAUCAUUGCAAUGACGCUCAUUAACACCGUGUCACACGAUAUGUGUCCUCUAGUUAGAAAAGAAUUAGUCGUAGCGCUACAGUGGAUGGUUUUACAUUUUGAGAACUCGUUCGUAACGUUGGCCUUGGCUGAGGAGAACAGCCGGAAGGAUUUAGUAGUGGAGACGUUGUCGCCGUUUAGCGGAAUGAGACGCAUUAGCUCUAGGGACCGAUUGAAAAUGCUUUCGACGAACAAUACGUACAGCGGGGAUAGCACGGAUGGGUUCAGCCAGGACCGCAUUAAGAGGGUAUCGUCGUCGUCGUCUAUCAGUAGUUUAGGAAAUAAUUGGGAGUUCGUGAGGAAACCUUGCGAGUCACUUGGGCACAGUUCUCUUGGAAACUUACCGAGUCUUUCCUAUGGUAGCGUGUAUAUGAAACUGUGGCACGGAUUGUGUAGUCUCGACAGCGAUCCUCAUCCUGCGGUCGCUGCUAUGUCUCAGAAGGUCACCAACCAUAUUCGGAAUCAGGUGAAGGAAUCUUCCGCACCUAAGGAAGUGAUCGAAACGAAAAUAUCUUCGUCGUUAUCUCUUCCACCUUCUCCAUCGAAUCGUACUACUUACUUAAGUAGUAGUAAAGGGGAGUCGCCGCCUACGGUAAACUCUGGCACAGAUCUAUUACGUUCAUCGAGGAUACCAUCGCAUGGAAAUCGUUCGCGAAAGCCCAUCCCAAAUACGAUAUCGGAAGAAACGGAUGAAGUUGCUGGGAUUAAAACGCCGUUGACCACUUCGCAGUUCGUCGAAUGGAGCUGUGCACAGUUAGCGCAACCUGUUAGUUUAGAAACGGAGACCGAGUCGAUGAACGAUGUGGAGAGUAGAGUGCAUUACGAACGAGAAUGGCGGUACUUGAGAAACAAGCGGCAAAGACGGGAUGCAAGGGAAGAACAGUUACGCGCGGUGCAGACUAGAUUAGAGUUCCAAAUGUUUCACGCGAGGUGUUCGCAAUCUCCAGAAGUUCUCACGUUUCAUCCCUUUGAGUCUCAUUUGGCUGUAGCUUCAAAAGAUCACUUCGGAGUGUGGGACUGCCAAACUGGUGCAAAGUUGACUUACUGCGCGAGUCGCGGGAAUAAAAUGUCGCGUAUCACUUCGCUAGAAUUUAUCAACGAUCACGAUGUAACGUUGUUAAUGGCUGGAUCUGACGAUGGUUCAGUUAGAGUAUGGAAGAAUUACAGCAGAAUGUUGAAUCGUGAGCCAGUGUUACUUACCGCUUGGCAAGCAAUGGCCGACAUACAACCGGCAGCGAAAACGGCUACAGCAACAGCUGGAUUGGUUACCAAAUGGGAGCAGAGAUCCCUUACGUUAACCGUAACAGGCGACGUUCGUAUCGUCAGACUCUGGGACGCGGAGACUGAGCUUAAGAAGCAAGAUAUACCUACAGGUGCUGAUUGUUGUGCAACGUGCAUCGACGUCGAUGGCGUAGGUGCAAUGAUGGCGGUAGGUUGCGGAGAUGGUUCUGUGCGGUUAUUCGAUAGAAGAUUGCCUCCGUUAGAGUCGAGAGUCAUGAUCUGGAGGGAGCAUACAGCGUGGGUGCUAAGUACGUCCUUAAGGAAAUCUCAAAGCUCGCAAUUGUUCACCGGCUCUUCCUCCGGGGACAUUAGGAUAUUCGAUCUUAGGAAAAAUUCUUCCGUCAGCACUGUGCAGAUCACGCAAGGCAUUACGGCUUUAGCGGCGCACGAAGUGGCUGAUGUUUUCGCCUGUGGCUCGACGAAUCACUGUAUAAGCGUGUACAAUACCAUGGGUCAACACUUGAACACGAUCAAAUUCCACGAGGGAUUCAUGGCCACUCGAAUCAGUCCCGUGAGUUGUUUAAGCUUUCAUCCUUACCGCGUGAUCUUAGCAGCCGGCUGCGUAGACAAUACAAUCACGACGUACGCGUCCGAACCGCGUAGAUGACUAAUGGAGGUGGAAUUGUUAUAAAAUUAUUUUUACAAAUGCAAAUCUAUGGUACUUGAUAUACAUUCUCAGCAAUGAUAGUCAGGAUUGGGAAUUUUCAUUUGAAAAAUGGGACGCUCUGAAGUCCUACCUCAUUUUCUUUACUGCGUUUCCUCUUUCGUUCUUAUUUGCAAUCACCUUUAGAUAGAUUUCUCCUACGAUUAAAGUAAAACCAAAGUCCUCAGAGGCAACCAAAGAGGUUCAAAAAAUUCAAGUUACAAAUGUUUUAAACGCAGUCGAAAGAGAUUCGGUGUUCUUACGAAUAGUGAUGCAUAAUAUGAAUAUUGUGCAUAUGUGAUGCAACGAAAAAGGUAUGAGUGGUUGUACGAAUGUUAAUAUUUAACGCAGCUUGAAACAUUCGUAAGGAAAUAGACCUUAAAUUACUGUGCCAUGCGGAAAUGUAGACUUAGGUUUUAUUUUAUAGAAAAGUUCUUUUACUCGAUUAAUGGAAAGAAAUUCUAAGGGCGCUCAUUUAAUGCAUAAUAAGUACGUCAUGAAAUGACGGGAACAUUUUAAUUAUUUAACUAGUGAAUUACUUGGCAACUAAAUGAAAUACAUUAUUUCUUAUUCUUUUCUAUUUAUAUUUAUAAAUUUCGUCAUUGUUUCUUAGAAAAGAAUUAAUUUUGUAAAUAUUUAACGGUAACUUGAUUAGAUGCGCGUAAAUUAAUCCAUUGCAAUACAUAUUUCGAAGUAAUAUUCAUACGCGUGUAUUUUAUAUUGGUAACUUAAUCUCCAUUGCUGCCGUGAUUAUUUAUCGCCGUUGUAAUUCAUUGAGAAAUGAACACGUAAGCUUAAGUAAAGUCUUAAUUAAGCUAAAGCAAUCGAAUGUCGUAUGUGUCUCAGAGUAUGAACCGAAUUGCAUAAGUGAUAAGAGGAGAAUGAAAAGGAAUUUGCGAGUAAGAAGUGUAAAUAGAUGUGUGUACGAGAAGUAACGUGCGGAUAAGUUACGUCAUCGUUUUACACAAUAAUUUUGUAAUUAGCGAAACGUGAUAAAGGAGGAUUAACCCAUUGGGGAUCAUUACUUAUUAUCAAAUCAUUCAAUUAUUGUUUUUCGCAAAUCAGGAAACAUUAUUUAUUAAAUCCUUUGACUUCCUUCUACGAUAUUAAAAAAUAUUAUGUACAUGGGCCUCAAUGGGUGAAAACUUAUUAAUCCGCGUAAAAAAGGAUCUCUGAUUGAAAUAUAACAUGUUCCAUAUGUCAAGUACAUAAUAUGUAAGUAUAUAGAAAUUAAUUUGUAUUCGGCAAGGUAAUUAGAGGUAAUCUGUAAAAGCCUAAUACAUAUUGGAAAUAGUUUUUCUGCAUGCUCUUAAAUAAUAUGUUCCAGAUCGAUCUUUGGAAAUCAUUUGAAAAAAAUUUGUCAUUUCAUUGUCGUCUGAUCUUCAUUCUUAAAACAAUGAUCAAUGUUUCACCUGCAUUUCGUUUUAAUCUUUACUACUUUAAAGGGGGUUUCUACAAAAUUUUAUUUCAAUCUUCUCUAUACUAAAGUAUCGGUUACUUUUAUCUAAUAGAAACUUGCAGUGUAAAUAGUUUCGUGAAAAUUUCGACACAGAUAUUAUAGAGUGUACUUAAAUUAGAGUCAGCAUUAAUUGUUAAAAUGUCUAGGAUUAUUUCUGUACAUAUAUUCUAUACGACAGGCCAGCGUUGCUGUUGUUAAUAACAAUAAUUGCCGGAAGGCUCCGAAUGUGAGAUAAAGAAAUUCAAGGAGUAAUGUAUUAUUUUGCACUGUGUACCCGUUAUUGUAUAUCAUUGCCUUACAAUAAAUAUAAUAUAAUUAUGUUA